CGGCCACCGUGAAUAGGAGGCAAAAGGCGUCCGAGACUAAUGUAAGUAAAUAACAGUCAGCACCUAAAGGUCUAAACCCUCCCUUUUCCUGACAGUUCGAUACAAUUGAAUUUGUUGGGGACGACGGCGACGGUAAAGAUUUACUUAAAUCGAUUUGAUAUAUGUUCAGAGCUCCGACAGCUAGUGGUGGUGGUGGUGGUGUACCUUUAACAUCCAUCACCACUCAAUCACCAAACCCGACAGAUAUGGGGGAUCAGAGCCACCACCGAGCUGCCGCUGCCAGGGCUUUCCAAUUCCACCCGGCACGACCAGCCAUCAUCGACCUCUUCAAUCUAUACCUCGGUAGAAGUGGCCGCGAAAAGUCAGACGAUUUGGUCCGAGAACCUCCGAACAAGACACAGAAACGAGUUACUGCUCUGAACCGAGACCUUCCUCCACGCAAUGAACAGUUUCUUCUAGAUUUUGAGCAGCUUCAGAACCAAUUUCCUGAUCGUGAACAAUUACGCACUGUGUCAGAAUCAGUGCUUAUCUCUCUGGUUAUCCAGUGUAGUAAUCAUGCACCAAGGGCAGAAUUUAUUCUCUUUGCUCUACGAAAUUUAUACACCAUUGGCUACAUAAACUGGGAUACUUUUCUACCAUCUCUUCUUUCUGCAGUUUCAUCUGCAGAAAUGUCAGUUAGUGUCUCCUCUACAGCUUCACCACCUCCACCUAUCACCUCUACAUCUUUAUCACAAACCGGAAUGUUACCAUCAACCACAAUCCCCAAUUCUUCAAACUUUCAAUCUUCAAGUCCAGCAUCCCCUUUAAUAUCUGUUCAUGGAAUCGGUUCCCCAUCUCAAUCAGCAAAUGAACCAUCAACAACAGCUAUAUCACCUGUAAAAUCAUCAGAUAUGAACAAUGGCCAGAUGUCAAGAAGUAAUGUAUUAACAAGAGACAAUGCUAUAAGCAGUUUGAGACAGUUGUGCUGCAAGAUUAUCUUUUCUGCAUUAGAAGCCAGCUUAAAACCAUGUACACAUGCUGAUAUUUUCAACCAUAUGAUGAAUUGGCUGGUUAACUGGGAUCAACAGCAACAAGGGAGCGAUGAUGUUGAUGGAAUAAAAUCAUGGAAACGAGAUAAGGCGUUGUUUGAAUGGCUUCACAAUUGUUUAGAUGUGAUUUGGCUUUUGGUUGAUGAUAACAAAUGUCGUGUGCCCUUUUAUGAAUUAGUAAGAAGUGGACUACAGUUCUUACAAAACAUAUCUGAUGAUGAAGCACUUUUUACACUUAUUUUGGAGAUUCAUAGAAGAAGAGAUAUGAUGGCUAUGCAUAUGCAAAUGUUGGAUCAACAUAUUCACUGUCCAACUUUUGGGAAUCAACGCCUUUUAGCUCAGGCUACAACUACUAUUUCAGGUGAAGCAGCCAUUAAUAUGAGAUAUUCACCUAUUACAUAUCCAAGUGUUCUUGGAGAACCUCUUCAUGGAGAGGAUAUUGCUGUAUGUAUAUCAAGAGGAAGUCUAGAUUGGGAGAGAGCUCUUCGAUGUAUCAGACAUGCUCUUAGAUGCACUCCAGCACCUGAUUGGUGGAGGCGUGUCCUUCUUGUUGCACCCUGUAACAGACAGCACCCACAAGCACCUACCCCUGGUGCUGUUUUCACUUCAGACAUGAUAUGUGAAGCAAACAUUGAUAGAAUUGUUGAGCUCUUAAGGUUGACCAAUUCAGAAGUAAACUGCUGGCAGGAGUGGCUUAUCUAUUCAGACGUAUUCUUUUUCCUUGUGAAAAGUGGUUGCAUUGACUUUGUUGACUUUGUUGACAAGUUAGUUAUACGUUUAUCUGAAGAUGAUCACCAGAUUUUAAGAACAAAUCAUGUCACAUGGUUACUUGCACAGAUUAUUCGUGUUGAGCUUGUGAUGCAUGCUCUAAAUGCAGACUCUAGAAAGAUGGACACAACAAGAAAGAUUUUGUCAUUUCAUAAAGAAGAUCGAAGCUCUGACCCUAAUAAUCCCCAAAGUAUCCUUCUCGAUUUCAUAAGCAGUUGUCAGAAUCUUCGUAUAUGGUCAUUAAGCUCUUCUAGUAGAGAAUAUUUAAACAGUGAACAGCUUCAAAAAGGAAAACAAAUCGAUGAAUGGUGGAGACAAGUAACUAAAGGGGAUCAUAUGAUGGAUUAUAUGAAUCUUGAUGAUAGAUCAAUUGGGAUGUUUUGGGUUGUGUCUUAUACAAUGGCACAACCUGCUUCUGAUACAGUUAUGAGUUGGUUAACAUCUGCUGGACAUGCAGAAUUACCGGGUCCCAAUCUACAAUCUAAUGAGAGAAUCUCAAUGAUGCGUGAAGUUCAUCCUGUUCCUAUAUCUUUGUUGUCUGGAUUUUCAAUUAAUUUGUGUUUGAAGCUUGCUUUUCAGAUGGAAGAAGCUAUGUUCUCUGGAGAGCAUGUGCCAAACAUUGCAAUGGUUGAAACAUAUACUAGAUUGCUUCUCAUUCAACCUCAUUCGUUAUUUCGUUCACAUUUAAGUCAUCUACAUCAGAGGAAUCCAUCUAUCUUAAACAAACCAUCUGCUACUCUUUUAGUCCUUGAAAUUCUCAACUAUCGUCUAUUUUCCCUAUACAGGUAUCAAGGAAAAAGCAAGACAUUAAUGUAUGAUGUCACCAAAAUCCUCUCAACCCUAAAAGGAAAACGAGGAGAUCAUCGCGUGUUUCGAUUGGCUGAAAAUCUAUGCAUGAAUCUCAUUUUAUCAUUGCGAGAAUUCUUCUUCGUGAGAAAAGAAGGAAAGGGUCCCACGGAGUUCACGGAGACAUUGAAUCGAAUAACUGUAGUGAAUCUUGCUAUAAUUAUAAAAACACGUGGAAUUGCUGAUGCUGAACAUUUGCUUUAUCUUCAAACAAUGUUGGAACAAAUAUUGGCAACAAGUCAACACACAUGGUCAGGGAAAACCCUUAGGUACUUUCCACCUGUUUUAUGUGAUGCAUUGAUUGGAAGAAUGGACAAGCGGGGCCUAGCAAUUCAAAAAUGGCAGCUGGCUGAAGGAACUGUGAUUAAUCAGUGUAAUCAGCUCUUAACUCCUUCAGCCAAUCCUACUUAUGUCAUGACUUAUCUUAAUACAAGUUUCCCUGAACACCGAAGAUAUUUAUGCGCUGGUGCAUGGGUUCUCAUGCACGGGCAUCCAGAGAAUAUUAACUCCGCAAACCUCGGACGUGUUUUGAGAGAAUUUUCCCCUGAAGAAGUGACUGAGAAUAUGUAUGCCAUGGUGGAUGUUCUUCUUCAUAAUAUGCAAUUGGAGCUACAACAUGGACAUCCUUUGCAGGAUCUUAUAAUGAGGGCGUGUGCGAAUCUUGCAUAUUUUAUUUGGAACCAUGAGUUGCUUCCAUUGGACAUUUUGCUUCUGGCAUUAAUAGAUCGUGAUGAUGAUCCGCAUGCUUUACGUAUAGUGGUUAAUUUACUUGAAAGACAAGAGCUUCAACAAAGGAUAAAAUUUUAUGUUGCUAAUCGUGGAAAGCCUGAACAUUGGCUUCAAACUGGAAUUUUCAAACGUAUAGAAUUACAAAAAGCUCUUGGCAAUCAUUUGUCAUGGAAAGAAAGAUAUCCAACAUUUUUUGAUGACAUAGCAGCACGUUUACUUCCCGUUAUACCCCUGAUCAUCUACAGACUUAUCGAAAACGAUGCUGCAGAAGCUGCUGAUAGAGUUCUUCAAUUCUACUCAACUUUCCUCCAUUACUACCCUUUAAACAUCACAUUUGUACGCGAUAUUCUCGCGUAUUUCUACGGACAUCUUCCCGCAAAACUCAUCUUCCGAAUCCUCAACGUGCUCGAUAUCAAAAAGAUGCCAUUCUCCGAGUCAUUUCCACAACACGUCCACUCAUCAAACGCCAUGUGUCCGCCGCUGGACUACUUCGGGUCUCUUCUAUGCAACAUCGUCCACAACGUCAUCCCCCAAUGCAAAAUUGACACGUCAGCAAACGGUAUAAAAAGCAACCGAAAUCCAACCGUAAGUCAAACCGGGUCAACCAACACUUUCGAAGGUCAAAAAGCAUUCUACCAAAUCCAAGACCCCGGGACCUACACUCAACUAAUCCUCGAAACCGCAGUUAUUGAAAUUUUAUCACUACCUGUAACAGCAUCUCAGAUUGUAACUGCAUUAGUUCAAAUCAUUAUUCAUAUUCAACCGACUCUUACUCAAUCUAACCAUGGUUUUCAUCAAGCUUCGACUAGCUCCGGGCAGGGUUCUGCCCUGCCCACAUCACCUUCGGGCGGGAGUAACGAUUCUUUGGGCAGAUCGAGACAGAAUGGUUCUGGUUUUCUUUCGAGAAGUUGUUAUGCAAGUCAACAGCUUUCUUGUUUGAUGAUUCAAGCUUGUGGGUUGCUAUUGGCUCAGCUUCCUGGUGAGUUCCAUGUACAGUUGUAUGCGGAAGCGUCACGGGUGAUUAAAGAGAGUUGGUGGCUUUCAGAUGGGAAGAGGUCUGUUAGUGAAUUGGAUUCUGCUGUUGGGUAUGCUUUGUUGGAUCCUUCAUGGGCUGCUCAAGAUAAUACCUCCACUGUCAUUGGAAAUGUGGUGGCUUUGCUUCAUGCUUUCUUCAAUAAUCUUCCACAAGAAUGGUUGGAUAAAACACAUCUCCUUGUAAACCAUUUACGCCCUAUAAAAUCAGUAGCAGUGCUCAGAAUAGCCUUCCGCAUUGUGGGCCCAUUGCUUCCAAGAUUAGCAAAUGCUCAUAAUUUGUUCAGCAAGACACUCGAAUUGCUGUUGAACAUGAUGGUGGAUGUUUUCGGGAGGAACUCUCAGCCGUCAACACCUGUUGAAGCAUCAGAAAUCACUGACCUUAUUGACUUCCUUCAUCAUAUCGUGCAUUAUGAAGGUCAAGGGGGUCCUGUGCAGCCAAAUUCAAAAGCAAGACCAGAUGUGUUGGCUUUAUGUGGAAGAGCUAUUGAAAAUUUAAGAACAGAUGUGCAACAUCUUCUUUCUCACUUAAAUACAGAUGCAAAUGCUUCUAUUUAUGCUGCUACUCAUCCAAAGCUCUUUCAGAGUCCAUCUUGAGGUGAAGGGUAGAUUUGGUAAUUAACAGUUUAACAUUUUCAGUGUAAUGUACAGUAAUUAUUAGAUGACGAGGUUCAAAUCACUAUAAUAUUAUACGGAAUAGUUAAUGUAAUCAAGUGUCUUAUUAUUAUUAUUAUUACAUAAAGAAUUAAGAUCUAAGUAGAACAAAUUAACAGCAA